AUGAAUGAAUUUUGUGUAUUAAGAAAAGAUGAAGAGAAAAUAUAUUUUGGGAAUACCUCACAAGAUUUUACAGGGUCAGAUAAAUCAACAAAAAUAUAUACACAGGAAGAAUCCAAUAACGAUGUAGAAAUAACUUUUAACAACUUGGACGAAAUCCAUGAGGAGAGGGAAUUAAAUGAAGACAUGAUUUGUGUUUAUGGAAAAGCAUUUAAAGAUGAAGAAGAAAUAAUAACUGGUGGAGGAGGGUACGACGCGGAAGGGCUUUGGGGAAUUUUAGAAGACGUUUUACGUAUACUGUCGGAUGAUGAUCAUUAUGUGAAGCUUUACUAUUAUUUAAUUUGUACCAUUUUAUUUACUUCCUUCACGUGCACUUUUAAUUUGUACCUGUCGAAACGUGAACGGAAGAAUGGCUACAUGUGUGAGGACAUGGAAUGCCCUGCGUGA